AUGGCGACCACCGAACCAACAACUGACGUUCACACCACGUCCAACAAUGUCACGGCCAACGGCAACCCAUCGACCAACCAGCAAAAGUUCGAAGAGGCCACUCGGGGCAUGAGCCAUGAGGAAAAGGCUGCUGCCACCAAUGCCGCCCGCUUUGGCUAUGGUCCUCUAGCCCAUAUGCGUACUCACGAAGGUGCCUUGCUUCCGGCCUUCGGCGGGGAAUUUCAACCAGGGCUCUACAAGCCCGUCCAAGGUCGCAAAUUCGCCAACCCUGCUCCUCUCGGUCUCUCUGCUUUCGCCCUGACCACCUUCGUCCUCAGUUUGAUCAACUUGAACACUCGGGGCCUGGCUGGCGUCAACGCGAUCGUCAUCGGUCUUGCCUUUGGCUAUGGCGGUCUUGUUCAGCUCUUGGCCGGCAUGUGGGAAAUCGCCGUAGGCAAUACCUUCGGUGGCACCGCCUUGUCUUCAUACGGUGGAUUCUGGAUCUCUUUCGCCAUUAUCUUGACCCCCGGCGGGUUCCAAGUGGUUUCCACUAUCGAGGAAGAGGGAGGUGGUUCAGCUCUGCUCAACUCUUUGGGUCUCUACUUGAUGGGCUGGUUCAUCUUCACCUUCAUUCUCCUGCUCUGCACUCUCAAGUCCACAGUCGCCUUCUUCUUCCUGUUCUUCACGCUCGACUUGGCCUUCCUCCUACUGGCCAUCUCCUAUCUACGGCCCGUCAACGGAGCCCCAAGCCCAGGUUGCACACGCGCAGGUGGUGCCUUUGGUAUCCUUGCCGCCUUUGCCGCUUGGUACAAUGCCCUGGCCGGUAUUGCCGACACCUCGAACAGCUUCUUCAUCAUCCCCGUCGCCCACUUUCCUUGGUCUGAGAAGGGCAAGGCUGCGCGCGCCGAAAAGAGAGAUAUUGAGCACCAAGCAUAA